AUCUUCCAAAACCCUCAUAUUUCUACCCCCUUUCACUCCAGUCUCCACGACACAAAAGAAAAAACCCUAAAGAAAGAUGAAUAGGGAUAAGCUCAUGAAGAUGGCUGGUGCCGUGCGCACUGGUGGAAAGGGUAGUGUACGAAGAAAGAAGAAGGCUGUACACAAAACUGCCACCACAGAUGACAAAAGGCUCCAGAGCACUCUAAAGAGAGUAGGUGUGAAUGCGAUCCCAGCUAUUGAGGAAGUCAACAUUUUCAAGGAUGAUUCAGUUAUCCAAUUUUUGAACCCUAAAGUUCAAGCCUCAAUCGCUGCAAACACAUGGGUUGUUAGUGGAUCUCCUCAAACAAAAAAAUUGCAAGAUAUCCUCCCUGGAAUCAUCAACCAAUUGGGGCCUGAUAACUUGGACAACCUAAGAAAGCUUGCAGAGCAAUUCAAGAAACAAGGAGCAGGUGCAGCAGCAGCAGCAGCUCAAGAGGAUGAUGACGACGAUGUCCCUGAGCUAGUAGCUGGAGAGACAUUUGAAGCAGCUGCUGAAGAGGCUAAAACUGCAUAGAUAUUCGAACCAAGCUUUGUCUACAAAUAUUUUUGUUUUGAUAAAUCGAUUUUCGUAGUGAUUUUCUCAAUGCUGUUUUAUCUUUAUUGCUUUUCAUAUUUGUGUCUUGACAUGUUAUAUUUUAGUGUUAUUGGACAAACAUUGUUGAGAAAAGCUUAGUCUGCUUAUAUUUCUUUGGUUGGUUCUUUCCAACUGUUUCUCCA